GUGAGUUGUGACUUUUGUUGUGAAAGGUAAGCAAUGAGGAAAAUGUGGGAAACCAUUUUCAAAGACCCAAAGCUCUAAACAAUCCCAUUAAACAAAACAUCUACACUUGCCAAUUUUCUCACCCCUUCUGUUCAUCAGAGAAGGGUUUGAUGAGGAUUUUGAUUGUGUUCAAAGGUUGAAAUUUUGUUCAUCAGAGCCUUCUUCCUUUCUCCUGAAGAAGGCUCUGCUCUGUAUUUACAUACAUAAAAUACAAAUUAAGCUCUUGAUUAGUAGUUUUUUGGUUACAAAAUGAUUAGAUGGUGGGUGUCUGCGCUGCAAUUAACAGAGCUAUUUGUGAGCUCUGUGGUUCAUUUGCUAUAUGGGUUUUACAUAUUCAGCACAGCUGUGGCUGGUGAUCUUUCACAGGGUUUGAAUGGUUGGUUUUCCAAUCCCAUUCUGGAUACAAGGUUGGAAGAAGACGAGUCAAGGGGAUUGACCAUUGCUGGUGAUCUGCCUCCCAUUGUGUUGGUUCAUGGAAUCUUUGGGUUUGGCAAAGGGAGGUUGGGAGGUCUUUCGUAUUUUGCUGGGGCCGAGAAGAAGGAUGACAGGGUUCUUGUGCCUGAUUUAGGUUCAUUAACUAGCAUACAUGACAGGGCUCGCGAAUUGUUCUAUUAUUUGAAGGGCGGUCAAGUAGAUUAUGGUGAAGAACACAGCAAGGCUUGUGGCCACUCCCAGUUUGGGCGGAUUUAUGAACAAGGGCACUAUCCUGAAUGGGAUGAGGAUCACCCUGUUCACUUUGUUGGGCACUCGGCUGGUGCACAGGUUGUCCGGGUUUUGCAGCAAAUGCUUGCAGACAAGGCAUUCAAGGGAUAUGAAAACACUUCUGAGAACUGGGUCUUAAGUAUAACAGCAUUAUCCGGAGCCUUCAAUGGGACUACAAGAACCUACUUAGAUGGAAUGCAGCCAGAAGAUGGGAUAUCAUUGAAACCCAUUAGCCUGCUUCAGCUGUGCCGCAUAGGGGUGUUAAUAUAUGAUUGGUUUGACAUCCCCUGGCUAAAGGCCUAUUACAAUUUUGGGUUUGAUCACUACAACCUAUCAUGGAAGAAGAUUGGUGUUUGGGGUCUUGUUGAUUGCCUCUUAGGGAAUACUGGUCCUUUUGCUACGGGAGAUUGGAUUCUUCCAGAUCUUACAAUUCAAGGAUCCAUGAGACUGAACAGCCGUUUAUGUACAUUUCCCAAUACAUACUACUUCAGCUAUGCUACUAAGCGUACAAGGAAAAUCAUGGGUGUUACAGUUCCUUCUGGCAUAUUUGGAGUCCACCCUUUGCUUUUCAUCAGAGUCUUGCAGAUGAGCCAGUGGUCUCAUCCUCCAGAUGUUUCUCCCCCUUACAAAGGCUAUAGGGAUGAAGAUUGGUGGGAUAAUGAUGGAGCACUUAAUACCAUAUCAAUGACACAUCCUCGUAUCCCAAUUCAACACCCGUGUCAUCUCGUCGUGAAAGAUUCUGAAUGCCAGCCCUUGCAACCAGGCAUCUGGUAUUACAAGAUUGUGGAGGGUGACCACAUUCUUUUCAUUGUGAAUCGGGAGAGGGCAGGAGUUCAAUUUGAUCUGAUAUAUGACAGCAUUUUUGAACGUUGCAGAAAGCAUGUAUUUAGGAAGACUCUGCCAACAAUACCAAUACCAAACGAAGUGCUCCAAUAGUUUUGUAUCACAUGAUACACUACACCUAGAAGUUUUGUAAAUGUGAAGUUUCUCCCCUUUUUUUCUCUCUUUCUUCUUGUCCCUUUCUUUUUAUGCACUUUCAGUGUACAAACUCUUCUAGAUUAUAGAUUUGUAAGAGAGAGAUUGGAGGCUCAGCUAAUACAUCAACCUUCUGCUCAAUCGUUUCAAUCAUUUCCAAAGUGAACAAAAUAAGAGUGUUUUAAUAAAUUUUCACCAAGUUUGUUGCAAAGAUUAUCUGCUCAAUUGUACUGAGUGAGUCUCAAACUUUUUUGAAUACAUCAAAGGGGGUAUAGUAAUUAAUGUGCAAUGUGUGCUUGUACUUCAGGUUGUAUUUUGCAAAGAACGCAAUCCCAAACACCACAUGAUUUUCGGAGGAUGAAGUCAGCUAAUCUCCCAUUAGAGCAUUCUCAUUUAGCUUUCCACAGCU